UUCGGGAAAAAAAAAUUAUCCAGUUGCGGAUUAGUAAAACUGUAACAGGGAUUAAGAAAUGACACCGAAGAGGAACACCCUGAAAGUGUGUAUAUAAGGGCCAAAAAGGCAGCCUCCUUUUCAUGUCACCUCUCCUACUCACCUGGACAAGCCACAUCUCUGCAGGAACAGCAUGUCUUGCUCCUCCCGCGUGUCCUCCAGGACCCGAGGCAGCAGCGCGGUCAGGGUGUCCGCCGCCGGGGGCGCCAGCUUCAGCGGCGGAAGCAGUUGCGGGCUGGGGCGAGGCUCUGCCCGGGGCUUCCGAGGAGGGGCCGGCAGCUGUGGCCUGAGUGGGGGCUCCAGCUGGGGCUAUGGAGGCAGCUUUGGGGGGGGUUCUGGACUCGGCGGGGGUUCUGGACUCGGCGGCGGUGCUAGCAGAGGCUUCUACAGCUACGGCGGUGGUUUGGGUGGUGGCAUUGGCGAUGGGGGCCUCUUCUCCGGAGGUGAAAAGCAAACCAUGCAGAACCUCAAUGACCGCCUGGCCAAUUACCUAGACAAGGUCAGAGCCCUGGAGGAGGCCAAUGCUGAUCUGGAGAACAAAAUCAAGGAGUGGUAUGACAAAUUUGGGCCUGGGUCUAGAGAUGGUGGAUCCGGAAGGGAUUAUAGCAAAUACUAUCCAAUCAUCGAAGAUCUCAGGAAUCAGAUCAUUACUGCCAUGACUGAAAAUGCUGGGAUCGUUCUGCAAAUUGACAAUGCCAGACUGGCUGCUGAUGACUUCAGACUGAAGUAUGAGAACGAACUACAUCUCCGACAGACAGUGGAGGUAGACACCAACGGCCUGCGGAAAGUCCUGGAUGACUUGACCACGACCCGUUCCGGCCUGGAGAUGCAGAUCGAGAGCCUCACCGAGGAGCUGGCCUACCUGAAGAAGAACCACGAGGAGGAAAUGAAGCGUGUGCAAGGAGGCUCCGGAGGGGAUGUGACCGUAGAAAUGAAUGCUGCCCCAGGAACAGACCUGACUAAGUUACUGAAUGACAUGAGGGCACAGUAUGAGGAGCUGGCUGAGCAGAACCGCCGGGAGGCCGAGGAGCAGUUCAAUAAGCAGAGUGCAUCACUGCAAGCACAGAUCUCUACUGAUGCGGGGGCAGCCAGUUCCGCCAAGAAUGAGAUAACAGAACUGAAACGUACUCUGCAAGCCCUGGAAAUCGAGCUGCAGUCCCAACUGGCCAUGAAAAGCUCCCUGGAAGGGACCUUGGCUGACACGGAGGCUGGCUACAUGGCUCAGCUGUCACAAAUUCAGAUACAGAUCAGCAGCCUGGAGGAGCAGAUCUGCCAGAUCCGGGGGGAGACUGAAUGCCAGAACACAGAAUAUGAGCAGCUGCUGGACAUCAAGACCCGCCUAGAGAUGGAGAUUGAGACCUACCGCCGCCUGCUUGAUGGUGAAGGAGGUUCUGAUUUUGGAGGAUCUGAUUUUAGAAGCUUAGGAUCCAGAAACACAGGGUCCAGAAACAUGGGAUCCAGGGAUUCAUCCAUGUCUGGCGACUCAAGAUCCGGAAGCUGUUCUGUCCAAGGAAGAGAUCCAAGCAAGUCGAGAGUGACUAAGACCAUCAUAGAGGAGGUGGUGGACGGCAAAGUCGUCUCUUCCCAAGUCAGCAAUGUUUCUGAGGUGAAAAUUAAGUAAGCAAUUUCCAGGCCAACAAGUGUCUUUCAGAGAGGAAAAUCUAAAGGACACAAAUGAAGAUAUUGCAUCAAUCUAGCCAUCUUUCUGGAUGACUUCAGGGAAGAGUUUCCAUCCAGAAAUAGAUGACUGACCGAUUUUUCUGCAUCCUCUUCUUUUCUUAUUAGAAUGCUCUUGAAAAAGUUGAAAUGAUGACUUUGCUCUAAUUGUUUCUAUGCUUCAGUAAACUUACUUUUGCAAGUUCACUAAAUGAUUCCUGAAUUUUUUAAAAAAAGAAACCCAAUAUUUUUACCUAGAAAUGAUAGUAUCUUCUUCAAUAAGAAUCAAGAUUAUGGGCGGAGGGUAUAGUUCAAGUGCUAGGGCACAUGCUUAACAUACAUGAGAUCCUGGGUUCAAUUCCCACUAUUUCUUCCAACAAUAAAUAAAUAUUAAAUAAACCUAAUUACUUCCCCCCACCAAAAAAUAAAUAAAUAAAUAAAUAAAAUACACUUAAUAAAAAAAAAAGAAGCAAGAUUAUAGCCAUUUUGUAUAUGGGAAAUUUGAACAUAACGUUAGAACUCAGUUAUAGCUGAAAUUAGAUCUCAUCCUCCCUAAAACUAAAGCCAACAGUUUAGCCCACAAAGAAGAAUGUGAUUAUUUGAAUAAUCAACCUAUAAUUAAUGUCUAGUUUCUUUAUGUCCAUCACCAAACUGAAUAUUUAAUAAUAUAAAAAGAAGCAUAAGAUAUGCCCCCUACUUCAAGAAACUUACAUUUAGAUGGACAGGAAAGCUAAAAACACGAAGACAGCAGACAACACAGGGUGUUCAUAGUGAAAGGCUUGAUUCCACAACAGUCAAGAGAAAUACUAGAGAAAUCUGACAAGUCAUGUUUGCAGAACACUUAGGAGACUGGGUCAAAAUUAAAAUCUUGGGAAAGAAGAUAGGAUAUGUGAUAUGAGACCAGGUUUCUGAAAACUUUGAAAGCCCCAAAGAGAAGUGAUGCUCAGAUACUGGUUCCCUUGUCAAAUCGAGCCACCCCUUGAGCCAAAAAUCAUCACUUAGCCAAGCUGGUGUUUCCUCCCACUGCUGAAGUCAUUUACCCCAUGGGUGGUCCACAGGGCUCUGUCUUCUCUCAAUUGGGAUAUGAAGCGUGUCAAAGAAGGGUAGGAGGUGGUCUAGGUCAGUCCCAGGAAGACACAGGCGAAAGACAAAGCCAGCCUGGGUAAGGACUUUUCCACUCAAGGAAUUUACAGUGACCAGAUCACAUGUUAGAUCAUCAGUCCCACAAGCUGGUACUCAAGAAAAGAACAUGGGACUUGGCCUAAAAACCCAAAUUAGAAAUCACAAAAGGAUCAACCUGAAUAUAAUUCAUGUAAAUUGUACCUACAAAUAUAAAAUCAGUAAGAGCAGUAUUGAGGGGGGUGUGGGGGAGUGGAGGGGGAGGGGGCGGGGGUAUAGCUUAGUGUAGAGCCAUGCCUAGCAUGAACGAGGUCUUGGGUUCAAUCCCUAGUACCUCCAUUAAAAAAAUAAAUAAACUGAGUUACUCCACCUACAAAAAAAUUUGAAAAAAAAAAUAAGAGCAGUAUGAGAGUAUCAAACCUUAAUAAUAAAAACAACCAAAUAAGGUAGUUUUUUUUCUUCCAGGCACAUUAACUAAAACAUAAAAGUGAACCUGUAGGCACACUGUAACCACAGAACGAAGUUAAUAGCUAAGCACAAACCACUAUCCAAAGGAAAAAGAGCCUCACUGUCUUAAAUCAAACAUAUGGUUCCCAUCAAAGCAUUAGAGCAAACUAAACUUUGGCUGUUUCUCCUCUACUGAAAAGUUAAGAAAUAUGAACUCACUGAUUCAGCCUGGACUCAAGGCAGAAGGACAGAAAUGGGAACCAGCUGUAUGGGCCUCCUGUCCCUUGGGCCACCACAGUCACACCCGGAAAACCUCUCUCCAUGAGUCCUCCCAGGUCCAGUCUUAGAAGAUCCAGUCCUGUACCACCUGGGACCUAUGUUUACGGCUAGUCUUACUUACCCUGAUAUCAAGGCAAAAGUAUGUGGUUAC